GGCGCCAUCCCGCCCCUUUAGUGUUCAAGCUCCCGGCGCGCGAGGUUCCCUUUUUUUUCCUCUCACGAGUGGAGCUUUCUCUACGUUCCCCGAAGACAUGUUUCCAUCCGUCUCCUCUCCGCGGACCCCGGGGCCGGGGACCCGAAGGGGUCCGCUAGUCGGAAUCGGGCCGGCGUCCACGCCUAGGGCGAGCAGAAGGGGUCUGUCUCUCGGGUCUGCAGUUAGCUCGCCCGUGCUGUUCUCUCCGGUGGGCCGGCGCAGCUCGGUGAGCUCCAGAGGAACACCCACACGGAUAUUUCCUCACCAUUCCAUAUCAGAGUCUGUGAACUACGAUGUGAGAAUGUUUGGAUCGUCUCUCCCUGUUAAAAUCAUGGAAGCUCUGACGCUGGCUGAGGCUGACGACCAGCUAUCUGUCCACAUAGAUGAAGGUGGGUGGGCUUGCCUGGUGUGCAAAGAGAAACUCCUCGUUUGGAAGAUUACUGUGUCACCUGUCACUAAGUUAUCUGUUUGCAAAGAACUCCAGCUGCCCCCUAGUGAUUUCCACUGGAGCGCUGACCUGGUGGCACUCUCUUAUGCUGCAACCUCAGGUGAAGUACAUUCCGUUCAGGCUGUUGCUGUCAUGGUUGCUACCAAAGAGGGGUCCAUCCGCUACUGGCCCAGCCUCGCCAGGGAAGACACCUACUCAGAGACCUGUGUGGAUCUGGGAGGCGAGAAGAUGUGUAGGUUCCUGACAGCAGUGCAGGGAGGAAGUUUCAUCCUGUCCUCUGUGGGGAGCCAGCUAAUUCGAUUGAUUCCUGAAAGCUCAGGGAAGAUUCACCAGCACGUCCUGCCCCAGGGCCAAGGCAUGCUUUCAGGGAUUGGCCGAAAGGUUUCUUCCCUUUUUGGGAUUCUGUCCCCUACUAGUGACCUCAUGCUGGCCAGUGUUCUGUGGGACAGAGGAAGAUCGAGUUUCUACACCCUGACAAGUUCAAACAUCUGUAAAUGGGAACUGGAUGAUUCUUCAGAAAAACAGGCUCACAGUUGGGAUAUGCACAGAGCCCUGAAGGAAAGCAUUACUGAUGCUAUUUGGGGAUCUGAAAGUAACUACGAAGCUAUUAAAGAAGGGGUCAACAUUCAGUAUUUGGACUUGAAGCAAAACUGUGAUGGGCUCCUGGUUUUGGCAGCAGCGUGGCACCUGGGAGACAGUCCCUGCCUCAUCUAUUACUCGCUGAUAACUGUGGAAGACAAUGGUAACCAAAUGUCAGAUACCGUCACCGUGGAAGUUACUCAGUACAACCCACCUUUCCAGUCUGAAGACCUGAUUACAUGUCGAUUGAUGGUGCCAAACUUUUCAAGCCAGAUGACCUAUCUCUAUAUGGAGAAUGCCAUUUUCGUGUGCUCCACGGGAACUGGGAAGUUUUCUCUUCCUCAGGAGAAGAUUGUCUUUGAUACACAAGGAGAUGGCAUUUUGGGCGCGGGCUCCUGUGGCGGUGUUCCGAUCCUUUUCUCUAGGAACAGUGGUCUGGUGUCUGUCACUCCAAGGGAAAGUGUGUCCCUAUUAGCAGAGGACCUGGAAGAGUCUUUGGCCUCUUCAGUUGGUGGACGGGGCAGUGAGAGUAUGGUUUUUGAGACCACAACAAAAAAUGAAACUGUAGCCCAUGAAGAUAAGACAAAACUACUUAAAGCUGCAUUCCUACAGUACUGCAGGAAAGAUUUGGGCCGUGCUCAGAUGAUGGCUGAUGAGCUGUUUUCCUCUCACUCGGACUUGGAUUCGGACGCGGAGUUAGACAAGGCUGUGACUCAGAUCAGCAUGGACCUGGUGGACGACUACCCGGCCUCCGACCCACGGUGGGCAGAGUCAGUCCCCCAGGGUAAGCCGACUGAUUCAGUCGGCUUGUUUAGACGUCUGAGCUCUUAUCCAAUCAGAGGGACGCCCAUGGCUACCCGACUGCUGCUCUGUGAACAUGCAGAAAAGCUGUCAGCUGCCAUCACACUCAAAAACCACCACUCUCGGCUGCCUGACCUGGUGAAUGCAGCUAUCCUGCUCGCCCUGAACAAGAGGGAGUGUGAGGUCCCAUCCAGCCUGACUCCUGCCGAUGUCUUCUUUCGAGAGGUGUCCCAGGUGGACACUAUCUGCGAGUGCCUGCUGGAGCAUGAGGAACAAGUCCUGCGUGAUGUUGCGUUGGACUCUCAGGAGUGGGCAGAGGUGGCGAUCCAUGUCAAUACAGUCCUCAAGGACAUGCUGCAGGCUGCCACUCAUUAUCGCCUGAACAGAAGCUCCAUGUACAGUCGGGAAGAACCACUAGGGCAGGAACCAGAGUAUGUGCCGUGGACAGCUACAAGUGGUCCGUCCGGUAUCCGCACAGCAAUCAUGCGCCAACAUGGGAUCAUCCUGCAGAUGGUGUACCCUCAAGCUGAUAGCAACCUCCGGAGCAUUGUAAUGGAGCAGCUGGUGGCACUGAUUGACUGCUUUCUGGACAGUUACGUUUCCCAGCUGAAGUCUUUAGAGAAAUCCAGUGACCAAGAAAGAUACAGCAAUCUGGAAGUGGAAUACCUGCAGAAGAGAUCGGACCUCCUCUCUCCGCUUCUCACACUAGGCCAGUAUCCAUGGGCAGCUUCUCUGGCAGAGAAAUACUAUCAUAAUUUUUCAGACUUUCUCUUUCGUUGGUACCUGGAAAAAGGAAAGCGGGGCAAACUAUUAUCUCAGCCCAUUUCUCAACAUGGACAGUUGGCAAAUUUUUUGCAAGCCCAUGAGCAUCUCAGCUGGUUACAUGAAAUUAAUAGUCAAGAAUUAGAAAAGGCUCAUAUGACACUGCUCGGUUUGGCAAACUCAGAAACUCGUUACUUUGCAAAGAAAAAAACCCUUCUUGGCCUGAGUAAACUGGCUGCAUUAGCUUCAGACCUUUCAGAGGACACGCUGCAAGAGAAAAUUGAAGCAAUGGCUGAGCAAGAGCGCUUCCUACUACACCAGGAGACCCUGCCAGAGCAGCUUCUGACCGAGAGACAGCUGAGUCUUAGUGCGAUGCCUGUGUUGACUGCACCCCAGCUCAUCAGUCUGUACAUCUGUGAGGAGAACAGAAGAGCCAAUGAGUACGAUUUUAAGAAAGCCUUGGACUUGUUGGAAUAUAUUGAUGAGGAGGAAGACGUGAGCAUCGAUGAGCUGAAGCUGGAGAUCCUGUGCAGAGCACUGCAGAGAGAUGACUGGUCCGGUUCAGACGGUAAAGAUGAUCCAAUCGAAGUAUCUAAAGACAGUGUAUUUGUGAAGAUCUUGCAGAAACUUAUAAAAGACGGCAUCCAGCUCAGCGAAUACUUGCCAGAGGUGAAGGACAUACUUGAAGCAGCGCAGCUGGGAAGCCUGAAGUCCAACCCUUACUUUGAGUUUGUUCUAAAAGCAAAUUAUGAGUAUUAUGUCCAAGGACAGAUGUGACCUUUGUAGAAAUGGUUGUUCUAAAAUUUGUAUAAAUAUUUGCUUAUAAAAAAAUUUGAGGCUGAAAAAACUAGGUUUUAAUCAA